CCCCAAUAAAUCAUCAUAUCUUCAGAUUCACUCUCUUGUCCUGUGUUAACCUUAAGGAGGGGAUUAAACUUCUCUCAUUUCCAAAAGAAGAGGUGAUGAAGCCUUUCAUAAGAAUCAGCUUUUACACGGAGCGGGAUCAUUCCUACAGGAUAAGGAGGAAAAUUAAGCAGCACCAGUAAAACCUCUCGGUCAUUUUCCAAAGCAGGGUUUCCCAUAUGAAGUCCUUGCGUGUUUUAACAAAGCAACCGAUUCAAAGGGGAUCGCUCGUGUGGCGUUGGGAGGGGACGCGGGAGCCGGGGCCAGGGCGGCCGCUCACUGCCAGCUCGGCAAAACCCAAAAACCACGGGCAGAAGCAGCUUUCCAAGUUUCAACAGGGUAAACAGAUCACGUACCAAAAUCUUCAAAAGGUAAGAUGUACACGUUACGCUAAAAUUUCUACAGUAACACAACUAUUUGAACAUCCCUAGUAAGUCAGCUUUCCUAGGAACUACAGUGCAGACAGCUGAUAACAAACUGAUUUUUGACAUUAGAAUGGAUGAUCUCACAUGCUGAAGAUUUUUUUUUUUUUAUUUUAAUAUCAUUCAACAUGAUGAGCAACUUGUUAAAGGACCCAGAGAAACCCAAACUGCAUUCUGGACCAUAAAACUGAAUUAUAAGACAAAAGACUUCUUUUUUUUAGAUGAAAACAACCCGGAGACUCCACUUUUUCAGUGUGUAAAAAACCCAGCCAUGUGACUACGCCUAAUUCUCACCAGACUGGUGUUCCGAGGCAGGGAGGCACUAAUUUGGGCUUAAGGCUCUGCGAAAACAAACUGCUUAUUCAGAGGCCUUCAGAAGCAUUUUAACUACUGCGCUCUAGAAGAAACAAAAAUCAGAUGGGUAAAAAGAUGCACUGUGCGAGAUGAGAAAUGGGGAGAGGUCCCUUCUGACAGAGCUGCCUUGGUGAAAGUUUUAAAGCAAACGCCUCUAAAGCGAGACGAGGUGGCGAUUACCGAGCAACCGGCGCUGCCCGGGAUGGGAGAGUCGGGCUGUAGAAAAACCCUCGAGUCAGCGGCGGAGGGAAGUUUGAUCCGCAGGAGUUCGGAGCCGGACAAGGGGGAGCGGAGGGACCGCGCAGCCCCCGCGGGGCUCAGGCUCUCCUGUCCUCUCAGUGCCAGUGGCAUUGCUGUCCUGCUGCAGGCUGCUCUGUUCCAUGGGAGGCUUCCCAAAGCAUCUUACGUGACCUUGGAGGAGAAGCCAUUUCCCAUCACAUCCUCAGCAAACCUUCGUAAACACUCAAGAUGUAAAAAUGAGAGCUCGCUCUUUGCCCGUUGCUAGUGAGAGCGACUUCUACAUACACCCCCGCACUGAGUCACCACGGAUUUGAAGUGCUUCUAAAAAGGUUCUGAGAGAGAAAGAAAAUAUUGAGCCACUUCUUCACCUGAGAGGAGGCUCAGUGAGCUAGAAACCAGCAACAUGAGCAAGAGCGUCGGUGACGGCGGGAGCGACGACACCAGGUCCCUCUGCGCAGAUCUCUCCAAGCUGGUGACCUGGGCGCACAGUCACGGGACCAUCUGCAAUCAAAUCCCAGUCUUGGAAACGGUGCAGAAUGCGGGUUGUCCCAGCAAAGAGAAUUCCGUGCUGUGGAUGUGUGGGGUCGGACACGCGUAUCACUGGCAGUGCGAACAAUUAUGCCUCAGAAGCAGGGAAGUGUAUGAAGCUGUAGAAAAGAGGAAAAGGUCAGUAUUUUCUGAGGCUCCGUCAAGGGAAGCUAAUUUAGAUGAAAAGAGGUUCAGGAUGACCCCGUCUUUCGAGAGGGACAAAGCAGAUGCUGUUAGCACAGGAUCGUGUAGCAGAUCUCCAGGGGUCACUCAGCAGAAAGGCAGCAGAGUCUACAUAAUACAUGAUGAACCACCGUCCAGAGAAAAUAGAAAGAAUAGCAAAUCCACUCAAUCAUGCUUUGCAGAGGAGCGGCAUUUGUCUGUAUCUGGCGGUGAAGUCAACACUGAGGGACGUAAGGUGAAGCUAGAAAGCAACAAAGAUAUACAAAUCAUCGCUGAUGAAGAACAGGGAGUAUCAGAUGAAAGUGACGAUGGAGAGAGAAUCAAACAGGAUAUUCUGUCAGAAUCACCGAUUAAAGGUGUGACUGCUGAGAUAGAUUGGCAAAUGCAUCGCAGUCAGAAGGUGGCGUUUAACAAGCAAACAGCCACCCAAGCAUCGUGCUGUGCCCCCAUGGGGGUCCUGGUGGCCCCUGGCAGGGAUCAGGAGCACCCGAGGCUGGUUCCUCCGAAUCCUGAAACUUCUAGAGCAAGAAAUUCCUCUGGGUCAGCAAAACUGAAAGAGCGUGUCAAAGCUGUUCCUGUCUGCAACACUGAAGCAAAGACCCAACUUGAGCCGCCUGUCUCUGUGACAUUCUUUGAGUUUGAAGCCACAGUGGACAUCCAGCAGCAACUCCAGCUCAGCUCUCCCAAGCAUGGGACACCUGGUGUGGGUGUGAGGGGGAACGUCACCGAAAACCUCAUUGGAGGGAGCGAACCGUCGGGCUCUGAGCACACAGCCCAUCCUGCAGCCUCAUGGAGCUCAGAACAGCCACCUGCAGCGUCAAAGAAUAUGAUGAAGAAGUUGAAGAGAAAGAGAAACCGUAGUGCUGGCGAUAUAAAAACCUUCAAGGACUGGCUGGUUUUGCACUACCCUUCUGAGACGCGCGAGAUCUAUAAGCUGCCACCUGAAGACCUCGAUAAUUACCUGGCCUUGUUCUACACUUCUGCAAAGAGACAGAACGGCACAGAUUUUUCCCCCAGUUCCUUGCACUUCCUUCAGAGCAGCAUCGAGAGAUACCUCAAGGAUCACAACUACGAGUACAGCGUGAUUAAAGGGUGGGAAUUCAGGGCAUCUCAGGAAGCCCUAAAACUAAAGCAUCAGCACUUGUCUCAAAAGGAGAAAGAGGAAGAGUGGAGCACUCUGGAGAACCUGACAGAUGAAGAUGUGGAAAGUCUUCGGAAGCAGGGACUUUUAAGUAAGAUGCACCCUCAGGGCUUUUUACACCUCAUGUUCACAACGAUCAUCAGGGGGUUUGGGGCAAGUACCCACACUCAGAGCCAAAAUCUGUACUGGGGCCAGCUGGUGCUGAAGAAGGAGGGGGAGCUGGAGUACCUGGAGUGGAGGAAUGACCUGAGCGCGGAGGCGAACCCGGGGCGGCGUCUCCUCGCCAGGCCAGACAGCGCGGGGGACUGUCCGGUCGCGGACUACAAGGAGUACGCCAAGCGGAGGCCACAGGACAUGCUCCACGACUACGACCCGCUCUACCUGGCUCCCAGGCCCCUCUGCAGCUUCUGCGACCAGAUCUGGUACUGCAGGAAGUCACUGACGAGAGCCAAAGUGGAGAAGAUCUUGAAAGUUAUUAUCCAGCAAGUGAAAGGACCUGUGAAGAAGUCCAAUAAAUAAAGGCAUCUAUUUAGUUACUGCCACUUUUUGAUAGGAGUGUGUUUCCAAGUUGGCUUUGAAAGGUUUCAGUGGCAAUAUUUAGUGUAGGUUGAAGAGAACAUCUUCUCUUCGUUUCACCUUAGAGCACCAACAUCUACACAUUUGCAUCCCCUUCGUGUUCAGAUGAAGGGAAGAACUCCCAUUGUUCUUUCUAUUUAUGGAAUUGAUAGUUCAGCAAGUUAAAUAAAUACAAGAAUCUUGGGUUUCACAUUUGUAUACCAAGUUAAUAUUCUCCUGUGUUAUUAGUGCCAUGAUAAAGCAGGUAACGUUAACAUGGAGAGGGCUCACGGCUGAGUAACCCGGUGACGUGGUUCAGCUGCGCUCAUGGUUAUGGGAGCCGACUCUUGGAAACAGCCUUUAGUCUCUAGUGUAAGCCCAUCCUAAAGAAAGGACUAACACAGGAAACACCACAUUUGCCAACUGUUAAUCCACAUCUCACGGGAACGCUUCUAACAAGGUUUAUGUCAUUUUUCUUGGUGAAAAAUCUGUAGAUUUAAGAAGUUAGGACUGCAUUUCAAAAAGUUAUUUAAAAUGGUUUCGUGGUGUUUUCACCGGAGUGCUGAAUAUAAUGACAUAAAUACACAGAGGCAACUUUCUUCAGCUGUUCAGGUACCAUUCAGUCAGCAUGUUGUCUUACAGCCCAGGCGAGUUGUUGGGCUGACCUGUUGACAUGACCUAAUAAAGGCCGGUUUUGCUCA